UAUGUCUAUAAGUGUGAAAGAGGGGGUGGAAGAGAGAGAAAAAAAGAAUGACUCAAAAAAUUGCGAUAUUGGUAGAUUUUUCGCAAAUUGUUCAGGAAUAUGCCAUUGUGCCGGGGGUAAUGAAGGAUGUGAUCAGGAAUACGGAUGUAUUAACUACCAAUGCGCCAAAGGUUGGAUGAAUCCGCCCCAUUGUCAAACACCUUGUCCGCAAGGCUUGUACGGUAAAAAUUGCAAAGAGGAGUGCCACUGCCCCAUUAACGAUACUUGUUCAUCUAUUAAUGGUUUAUGUACAACUUUUAAAUGUCAUCCAGAAUGGACUGGACCUGGAUGUAAAAAUCGAUUACCAGUUUUAAAAGAAGCUGCGAAAUUGGUAAACGUAAGCUGUAAAUCGUUAAUAGUAAAGUGGUUACGCUGGGAUAGAUUUUCGGAUAUAGGAGAUUUAAAUGUCGUCGCCUAUAGAUUAGAAGAAAGAAUAAAUUUAACAGACUGGAUUAACGUCAGUUACAUUGAGAAUUCUUCGAAUCCUGAAUAUUUUUUUCGUAAGGAAUUUCACAAUGAAUGGGGUAGUUAUCAAUGGAGAGUUAUGUCAAUCUGGGCGGAUAAUAACAAAUACCAGGAAGGACUCUACUCUCCAAAGACGCUUCACUUUCAACCUAAAAUUUGCGCUGAACCGACGGAGACAACCUUCGCCUCGAUAAGUAGUUCGCCAUCUAGCACGAUUACAACAGCUUCCUUGUCACUGAGUACUCCAUUAUCUCCUCCGUCAAUCAUCAAAUUUCUAAACUUACUUGUGGGUCAAAAACAAGUAUUCGUUCAAUGGAAUGAUGUUAAAUUAGCUCAAGGUUAUAAUUUAAGCUACUGGAAGACUUCUACAGGCACAUGCAGAAAUAAGCUAGAUGAUACACCUACUACAAUAGUCAUUAACCAGUCGGAAACCUCUUAUGAACUGAGUAAAUUACAUAAGUGGACCGUCUAUAAAUUAGAAUUGUUCGCUUGGAAUUCUGGAGGAAGAGGGAAUAGUUUAAUAAAAGAAUUUCUAACACUUGAAGCAGCUCCAUCUAGUAAGAUCGACCUAGUCAAAUAUAGUGAUAAGACAAAUAGUUCGCUUACGUUCAACUGGAUUGAACCAAGUUGCACUAGUAGAGGAGGCAAUAUAACAAGAUACGAUGUAAUUGUUCAAUCUCAAAAAGCUGCCGAAAUAAGAGAUGUAUCUUACAGUCUAAAAUACGAGGCUAAAAACUUAAAAUCCUAUACUGAAUACACAUUCAAGGUUCGUUACGUAAAUAGCGCUGGUCAGAGUAACUAUUCUGAUCCAAUAUCAACAUCGACACUUCAAAGUCCACCUAGUCAACCAACUAAUCUCAGAAUAUUAGAGAGAACCAUAUCAACUAUACUAAUUAGUUGGGAGAAGCCCGACGAACCUAAUGGAAUUUUAUCAGCCUAUCAGUUACUUUUUUGGAAAAACGUUAAGCUCAAGUACCAAAUUCCCGAUAUUGAUGCCAAAAUCCUACAAUAUCGUAUUGAAGAUCUUGAACCAAACAGCCAAUAUACAAUAUCUAUAAAAGGAAAAACGGGUGGCGGAUGGGGACGAGAGGCUCUUACUAGAGCCUUUACCGAACCUAAAAACCGUAAACCCGACGGACCUUCAAUGAUAAAUAUGGUUUUUAGAAAUGAAACUUGUAUAGAAAUUCGUUGGACUGAACUACAAAACGAAAAUGUCAACAAUUAUAGAAUAACUUACAAACCCAUUAUGAGCCAUUCAGGUCCAAUUGAUUCAAAUACUAUUGAAAAGAACCAAAAGCUAGUGAAAAGCAGAAUUUGUAGUUUAUUACCGGCAACUCAAUACGAAUUUCAAGUGAGAACCAUAACAGACUUUGGUUCUAGUCCUCCAACGGUUGCUCUAUUUUGGACGGAGGUUCCUAAACCUUUAAAACCUUCUGAGCCUAUUGUAAAAAACGUUGGAAAAUCUAACGUAACAAUCAUUUUAAAACCAGUUAUACAAAACGCUGGUCCUAUUGCGGAUUAUUAUAUAUCGGUAAAGAAAGUGGCGAAUUCUUCGCGAAUGAGAAGGGCUACUACGGAUAUUCCAGGAUUGAUAAAAGCUAGAUUAAGGAGGGUACAACUCUUAAAGGAUAUAGAAUUCUUGAUUGGCGAUAGUAAAUUUUACAAUAAUUUCCAUAAUACACCACUGGAUGAAGGUUCGACUUAUGAUAUAUACUUUGCUGUUACCAGCCAAUUAGAUGGUAUUACAAAAUCAUCCUAUUCAAAAGUUGAAAAAUCCGUCACUCUCGGCUCAGUAACGGAUUUACCAGUUGAAAAGGAGGCUAAAGCUUGGGAAACCGUUGUUCCUAUAUUUUUAGGAGUUUUCUUUGGUCUUGUUAUUCUGGGUUUACUGAUAGGUCUAAUUGUUUGGCGUUAUUGCGUAUCGAGAAGAGAUUAUGGCUCAUCCUUAUCUAAAUCAAAGAGGCAACCUUCUUGGUUGACAUUGUAUAAUAAACAAUAUAUGGAAAAUCCUAAGUGGACAACAGUAACGGACGAACGUGUUGAUAGAACAAUCAGUUUUCAAGAUAUUAAAAUUGAAAAUUUAAAGCCAAAUGAUUAUCUUCUUUUCUCGGAUGAAUUUCACAAACUUCCUCAAGGUCAACUUCAUCCCUGUUCGGCAGCCCUAAAAAAAGCAAAUAAAAGACGAAAUCGUUGCGAUCACAUCCUUCCCUACGAUCAGAAUAGAGUUAUUUUGAAAUCGGAUCCAAACGACGAAUGUUCGGAUUACGUUAAUGCUAGUUGGGUCGAUUCUUAUUCGGAGAAAAAAGCUUUCAUAGCAGCUCAGGGUCCGUUUAAUUCAAUGACGAUUAUUGAUUUUUGGAGAUUAAUAUAUCAAACUCGGGCAAGAGUUAUUGUAAUGCUUACGAAAGUAGAAGAAGACGGUUUGGUUAAGUGCGCCUCCUAUUGGCCAACGAUUGUGGGAGUUUUCGAAAGCUAUGGAAAGAUAGAAGUAAAAUUAAAUCAACAAGAGACGUAUGCUAAUUACCUUAUAAGAACGUUCGUUAUACGAAAGGAGGAAGGCAAAGAACGGAAAUUAGUUCACCUUCAAUUCGUAGAUUGGCCGGAACACGGCAUUCCCAACGACCCAACUCCUUUUGUUGAUUUUGUAGCCAAAGUGGAAUUAGAGACUCCUAUCAAUAAUUCCUAUCCAAUUGUUGUUCAUUGCGGAACAGGAGUUAGUAGGACUGCUGUUUUUAUUGCUGUUCAAAAUUUAAGUAGCAGAGCUCGAAAGGAGGGCGUUAUAAACGUUUAUCAGGAAGUUAAAGCGUUACGUCAUUCAAGAUCCCUUAUGGUUAGGACACUUAAGCAAUACGAGUUUAUUUACGACGUCCUCUACGAACUUUUGGUCUGUCCUAGUCCAAGAGUAGCCGGAGAGGAUAUCACAAAUACUCUUCGUCAGCUUUCAUCCACUAACCCAUCCGUAAAAAAAUCCUAUAUGAGGCAACAAUUCGAAAUAUUGGAGCAUACGACGCCAAAGAUUGUUCUUCAGCAUUCAACAGCCCGCCAACCUGACAAUAUUGAAAAGAACCGCUUUCCCACAAUUGCUCCGUCCGACAGACAUAGAGUUUAUUUAAGAGCAAAUCGUCCCACCGAUUCCGAUUACAUUAACGCCCUCUGGAUGGAUUCUUAUUCGGAAAAAAAUAGGUUCAUUAUUACUCAAACUCCAUUGGAAGCUACUUUAGAAGGAUUUUGGUCAAUGAUAUACGAUUAUGAAGUGAGAACUAUAAUUAACGCUGAUAAUGUUGAUUUGGCAGACGCCUCUUGUUCUACAUAUUGGCCAUCCAAUAAUAACCAAAUAGUAUUCGGAAAUAUUCGUGUGACGUCGUUUAAUGUCACCGAAUCUUCUUAUUUUAUAGCUCGAGAUUUAUUAAUAGUCAACGAUAAUCAGCCUUCGCCAAGGCCGAGGGAUGUCCGCCAAUUACAUUUAACAUCAUGGCAUGGAUAUGAAAAGACGCCGGAAGUGGCGGACGUCAUCUCGACAGUGAUACGCGAAAUAAAAGGAUCGCCCUCACCUGUCGUUAUUCAUUGCGUUGAUGGAACAACAAGAAGCGGUUUGAUAUGUGCAGUAUCUAAUCUUCUAGAACGAUGUGAAAGAGACGGUGAAGUAGACGUAUUUAACACAAUCAGGUGCCUUAAGAGACGACGACCCCAUUUUGUUGCUUCCGCCGAACAAUAUAGAUUUUGUUAUAAAGUACUACGUAAUGCUAUAGUCCCAAGUGAAACAGAUCCGAAACUGGAAAGCGGAUAUGCUACGUUAGAUCCAAGUAAUAAAAAGACUGGCGACGUAGAGACUUUUUAUAGUAAGCAGAUGACGCGAGAGAAACGUCUUAAAGAAGCCAAAGAAGAAAAAGGACGAGUAAUUACCGUUAGUGAGGAUUGCACGAAAAAUGCUACUCGAGUUUAG